AUGCACAUUAAAAAGGGAUUUAAAUCCUACAAAGAUUAUACCGCGAUUGAACCUUUAAGUCCACAUCACAAUGUUGUUGUUGGAAGGAAUGGAUCUGGUAAAAGCAACUUUUUCGCUGCUAUUCGAUUUGUGUUAAGUGAUGCAUACACACAUUUAAGUCGCGAAGAGCGGCAGGCUCUGUUACACGAAGGUCCAGGUUCGACGGUUCUAAGUGCAUACGUUGAGAUCACCUUCGACAAUGAGGACAAUCGUUUCCCCACUGGAAAGCCGGAUGUUAUUCUUCGCAGAACCAUUGGAAUGAAAAAAGACGAGUACUCACUCGAUCGGAAAACAGUUACGAAAACUGAGGUCAUUAAUCUGCUUGAGUCUGCGGGUUUCUCGCGUUCCAAUCCAUAUUACAUUGUUCCUCAGGGUCGGGUAACCUCUCUUACGAAUGCUAAGGAUUCUGAAAGACUAGCUUUGCUGAAGGAGGUUGCGGGAACACAGGUUUAUGAUCAACGUCGAGCGGAAUCGCUAAAGAUUAUGGACGAAACUAAGCUCAAGGCUGAGAAAAUUGAUGAAUUACUCAGCUACAUUGAGGAACGGUUGGAUGAACUUGGCGAGGAAAAGAAUGAACUUAAUGAAUUCUACAGAAAAGAUAAUGAGCGCCGGUGUCUCGAGUACACAAUUUAUUCUCGGGAAAACGAGGAAAUCACUAACGCGCUGGAGACACUUGAGCAAGACCACACAAAUGCUCAACAGCAAACCGAUGCAAACGCUAAAAAGUUUAUGGACCGUGAACGACGCUUGGAAGAGUUGCGUGCUGAAGUCGUCGAACUGAAACAUGCACUUUCUUUGCAUGAAUUGGAAAAGGGUCAACUUGAAGAAGAAUACAGCUCCUGCGUACAAUCACACGCAGCAAUGCAGUCAGAUCGUGAUCAGUUGUCACAAGCUUUAGAGGGCUCCAGUCAUGAACGUGAAGAUAAGCAAAAAGCGUUAGCUAGUCUUGUGAAGCUUAUUGACGAAAAAGAGCAACAGUUGAGCAAUAUACUUCCCGUCUUUGAACAAUUGUUGAGUAAAGAAACUGAAGUCCGUGCACACUUACACUCCCUUGAAAGUGAAACACGACUCCUGUCGGAUAAACGUGGUCGUGGAACUCAAUUUAACAGCAACGAAGAGCGUGACGCAUGGCUAAACAAUCAAAUUAGUAUCCUUGAUGCCGACUUAAAAGAGCAAGAAGCUUCGGGAGACUUUGUGAGGAAGGAAAUUGACGACGUUGAUGCCAAUAUUCGUAAUAAAAAGGCGCGAGAAGCAGAACUUAUGGAUUUACUACAGACUCGGCAGGACGUGUUUUCACAGAUUUCUUCUAAUCUUUCUGAGGAGCAAGAAAAUCGUGAUGAUUUGUUGGAUCAACGUAAGGAGGCCUGGCGUAAUGAAUCAAAGCUCAAAUCGCUCAUCAAUACUGCACAAAAUGAUAUGUUAAAGGCCGAGCAGAAAUUAUUAUCUACUAUGGAUCGUCAUAUGGCAAACGGUUUAAGGGCCGUGGCAGAAAUUGCCAAGCGUUUAAAAAUUGAAGGUUAUUUUGGUCCACUAUGUGAACUGUUCACUGUUGAUGAUCGCUUUAAAGUUGCUGUGGAAGCGACUGCUGGAAACAGUCUUUUUCAUAUUGUAGUGGACUCUGACGAAACGGCGAGCAAUAUCCUCGAAGUCAUGUACAAGGAAAAUGCUGGCCGGGUAACGUUUAUGCCGUUGAACAAACUUCAUCCCAAGCCCGUCAAUUAUCCUGAAGCAAGCGAUGCUCUGCCGCUCGUAAAACGACUUAAGUUUGAUGCUAAAUUCGAGCCAGCUUUUAUGCAGGUUUUUGGAAAAACAGUUGUUUGUCCCUCGUUGGAUGUCGCUUCUCAGUAUGCGCGUUCGCACCACCUCAACGGCGUCACACUAAAUGGUGAUCGUUCAGACAAGAGGGGUGCUUUAACAGGCGGUUAUCGAGAUUUCCGUAACUCUCGAUUGGAAUCAUUGGAUUCGGUUAAUAAGUGUCGCACUAUUCACGAAAAUUAUGUACAACAGCUACGCCAAGUUGAAAUUGAUAUUGCAAGAUUGGAUCAAGAGAUCACAGCUUGCAUUGACGCCAUACAGAAAAAAGAAGUGGCCUUUCAACAGCAUUCUGUUGAUUUUGAGCCGCUUCGGAAUGAAGAGUCCACUCUAGCUCGUGAGAUUGUUGAACUACAGGCACUGAAAGAUAAAAAAGGUCAGAUGCUUGAUGCUAUCCAAACAGAGUGUCUGAAGAUGAAACGACAACGCGAUGGUUUCCUCGAGGAGUUGAAGUCACCUUUCCAGAAUGUGCUGUCGAAAGAAGAACAACUUUCCUUAGCUACUAAGUUAAAAGAACUUGGUGAAGUCAAACCUUUAUAUGAGGACUUAAACAAGAAGCGGAUUGAACUAGAGGAAAAGAAAAUCGCUAUUGAAACUGAGCUGCACACAAACUUAUACCUGCGUCGAAAAACACUUGAGGAGAGCGUUAAUCUCAUUACACGUUCAAAUGAAAGUGGUGAAAUGAAGCGCAAGUUGUCCGCGCUUCAAAAGCUGAAAACUAGAAUUGCCUCCUUAGAAGAGCAAAAUGAGGCUUUGACGCAGCGUAUUCAAGGUGUUAAAGCAAACUUAGAUGAUGUUCAGUCCAAAAUACAAAAAUUGGAAGACACGCAAAAGGAGACCGCUCAAUCUAUUGAACGAGAUACCAAAUUAACGGAACGGACCGCGGCGAAGAAAAGUCUGCUACUUGCUCGUCAGAAGGAAUGCAAUGACAAUAUCCGAACCCUCGGUGUACUUCCAGAUGACGCAUAUGAAAAAUAUGCCUCUUCAAGCUCCAAUGCGGUUGUCAAGAAAUAUCAUAAGGUAUGCGCUGAUCUAAAAUCAUUUGGACAUGUGAACAAAAAGGCAUUUGAACAAUAUACGAGCUUUACAAAGCAGCGGGACUCACUCACUCAACGUCGUGACGAAUUGAAGCGUUCGCAGGAAUCUAUUCAAGAAUUAACCGUUGUCCUUGAUCAACGAAAAGAUGAAGCAAUUGAACGAACGUUCAAACAAGUGGCUAAGAAUUUCAGCGAGAUAUUCGAAAAGCUUGUUCCUGCAGGACGGGGACAACUUGUGAUGAAACGUCGCAUCAAUCUUGAACAAAAAGCAAGCCAGGGUGAUGAUGACAUGGAUGUUGAUGAUAGCUCUGUUACAGGUGCAUCCUUAUUUUCUCAACCAAAUUCUUCAGUUGACAAUUACACGGGAGUUUCUAUUUCUGUUUCCUUCAACAGCAAGGAUGACGAACAACUUAAUAUCCAACAGUUAAGUGGAGGUCAAAAGUCACUUUGUGCUCUGACGCUUAUCUUUGCUAUUCAGCGCUGCGACCCAGCACCUUUUAAUAUCCUUGAUGAGUGCGACGCAAACCUUGAUGCCCAAUAUCGAACUGCUAUAGCAGCAAUGGUGAAGGAGCUCUCGCAAACAAGCCAAUUCAUUUGUACCACCUUCCGUCCAGAGAUGAUCAAACAAGCUGACAGCUUUUUUGGCGUUUUAUUUAAUCACAAAGUCUCCUCUGUUCAGCCCAUCACUCGGGAGGAAGCUGCAAAUUUUGUGGAAGGUUAA